AUGUCGGCGUCAAUUUUUUCAAGAGUUUUCACCUCGACAACGACGAUAAUAAGGGCACUUUGCACCCUUCACAUUUCACAUACCUAUAUCUAUGAAUUCACAGAAACGAAAGGAGAAUCCAUGAUCCCGACCUUAUCCGCAUCCAAUGAUUACGUCCAUGUAUCCAAACGAUGUAGAGAUGGUGAUCAUUGUGAAAUGGGGGAUGUUAUAGUUGCUGUAAAACCAACAGAUCCCAAUCAUCGAAUAUGUAAAAGAAUUACUGGAAUGCCUGGUGAUUUCAUACGGAUCGAUCCUAGUAGUGAUGAAUGCGAUUAUAUUCAAGUGCCAAAGGGUCAUGUUUGGAUUACUGGUGAUAAUCUUUCACAUUCUUUGGAUUCAAGGAGUUAUAAUGCCCUGCCUAUGGCUUUGAUAAAGGGGAAAGUUAUAGCUGCUAAUGAUUUCAAUCAAUCAUUAUGGAAAAAGAGUGAAAAAUAUGGAUAUUUUGGGUUUAGGAAAAUCACGAACAAUUACAUUAAUGAAUAA